GUUUACCUUGCCCCUGCGCCUUGCCUCUUCAGCACCUUGCAGCGGCGUGGGAGUCGUGGGCCCCCCCCCUGACAUUACAUGCCCAAGCCCGCUUCUGCUUCUGCUUCUGCGCAGGCCUGCUCGGGUCUUUCCCUCCACUACAAAUGACCCGUUCUUGCUUGACUUUCCUUCUCAACGGCUGCUGGUGCGCCUCCACUGACCACGGUCCCUUGUCCUGCUUUCUUGUCAUCCUGGUCCAUCUUUCGACUUUCAACAUCCAAACAUCACAGCCACGCGAAUCAGGAUAUCAGAGUUGCAAAGCGUUUCUCGAACAUCAGAGCCUACUGCUCGAUUCUAAGACCGCUCUACCCAAAGACUUUUCCUAUUUGUCUUCAAACCUUGGCCAAAAACCUUCUCGUUGCGAAGUCACCAAGUUGGCCGUCACAUAUCGCUUCGCGCAUCUGAAUGGUCAUAUAAGUUGUCGCUGCAAUCCUAAAACAUUAAGCACCGCCGCUCGUCUUGGAAGCUGUUACUUGUCGCGUCGCGUCGCUCGACCACCUGAUGUAUCAGAAUCUUCACAUCUCCUGGUCAUUUCUCGAACGUCACUAAAUACAGGAAAGUUUGCAAGGUGAGUCGAAACUAUCCCGAGAGCCUACACUGUCUCCAGCGAUACACAGUUCUAGCUACAUCUUGUCUUGCAAUAUCUGAGCCUAAUACCCCCAUGUCCCCAUCGACUUUGGCACUUAUCUCCAUGCCUGCCAUGAUCAAUCUUACACAUCUAUAAUCAUUCGAGUACC